UCUUAACAUAACUGAUAUUCUCGGGGGGUGGGGGGCUUUUAUUACUCUUUGUAUCCAGCCACACAGCUACGGGACGCCUAGCUUAAGUACCAAGUGUUUUGUGUACCAGCUCCGUUCAGUGUAUAGGCUGACAAAAAGGUGAUCAUCUAGUGUGUAGAUAUACACAUGUUCUAUUGUACAGAGGUUGGGUAUGCGGUAGAAAAUGUUGUUUUCGUCAUAUAACUUAAAACAUCAGAACAUGCCAUCAGUAGAUAUAUCAUUCUUAAUGAAACACUCCAGCACAAAUAAUAAAUCUCAAUUCACCAGGCAUUUUCCACCACGAAAAAUCUAACCCUACUGGACUUUUAUGCCCAUUUCCCACGCAAUGCUUGAGAAAUAAUUGUAAAAUGUAGCGUUUAAUAUUAAAGUGCGUAAUACUACAGAGGAGGGGGGGGGGUCCUCUUUGGUACCCUGGCAACGGGUCGCAACGUCAUAGGGAGAAGCAGAGUAACCAAAACAUGAGUGUAGGGGCAGGCGCAGGCUGGGAGUGACUGAGGGAAGCGAUUAAUUCGAUGAAAAGGAGAGCCUUCUCUAGACAAACUGCUGGGAUACAGAAAGGCACAGCAGACAGAUGCAUGAUCCGGGGACUGUUUUCUCAAUUCUGCGACGAGAUCCGGUGGGAGAAUCUAGGUAAAGCUUAAGACACACGUGCACCAUUGAAGAGUUGAUGCUGAUCGGCUGCUGGCAAUAUCCCAAAAGGGAUGUGUCCCCAUCCAUGCAUUGGAUGCCCCCGAGUCGUGUCCGAUGGAUUGGUCUAUGAACACGGCUUUGCUCGGCACCAGCAACAGCACAUCCGCAGACGACGCAUCGGAGAGGGAUCUGAUGCUGGACAUCGUUUCCCUGUCUCCUGUCCUGAACGGCCUCGCCACCGGAAGCAGCGCUGGAAACCACACCGCGGAAGACGAACCGCACCGGCGACUUGGACCGGCCAGGGGCGCGGAAGCGAGUCCAAUCCUCCACGGCAUUUCGGUGACGGUCCAGGCGCUAGUCCUCCUGGCAAUUUUCCUCUUGUCAAGUUUAGGCAAUUCGGCCGUCGUGGUCAUCAUUAUAAAGCACAGACAACUGAGGACGGUAACGAACGCCUUCAUCAUGUCCCUGUCCCUAUCCGACUUCCUCACGGCCAUUCUUUGCUUACCGUUUUCAUUCAUGAUGCUUUUCAGCAGAGACGGCUUUUGGAUUUUCGGGGACCCGUUGUGCGUUGCAAACGGGUUCUUCAACACCUGCUUCGGCAUCAUCUCCACCCUCACCAUGACCCUGAUCUCCUUCGACCGUUAUUAUGCCAUCGUGAGGCAGCCGCAGGAGAAAAUAGGGAAGAGGAAAGCCAUCCAGCUGCUGGUGGCGGUGUGGGUGACGGCGGUGUUGUUUUCGCUGCCGUGGUACUUAGUGUUACGGACAUCCAAAGAACUGGUGGUUCACAAGCGAGGCUUUUACCAUUGCAUGUACGUCUUCCAUUCGGGGAACUCGAGAAUGGGCGCUGCCUACAGCAUAUCCCUGAUCGUGGUGUGCUACCUGCUCCCAUUUGCCCUCAUGUGCUUCUGCCACUAUAACAUCUGCAAGACAGUCAGAUUGUCAGAAAUCAGAGUGCGCCCGGUGACCACGUACGCGCACCUGCUCCGCUUCUACAGCGAGAUGCGCACGGCCACCACGGUGCUCAUCAUGAUAGUGUUUAUCAUUUUCUGCUGGGGGCCAUACUGUCUGAUGGGGAUCAUCACGGCCAUGGGGAACUACACGUUCAGCCCCGUGAUGGACACCGUGGCCAUAUGGAUGGCCUGGGCAAACGGGGCCAUCAACCCUCUGAUUUACGUAAUCAGAAACCCGAACAUAUCCAUGCUUCUGGGACGAAACAGGGAGGAGGGAUACAGAACUAGAAACGUGGCCGCCUACCUGUCAACGCAAAACCGAAGCAGAGACGCCAGAUCGCGGGCCGACAGGAUCAGGGACAGGUACGCCAGUAGGCAUGGGGUGGGCAGCCGGCUCUCCUCCUCCAGUCCGGCCAACGGAGGAGACAUCGCCAUGUGGGCGUGCAAAAACCCGGCCGUGCUCUUUUGCAGGGACGGUCACCCCGACACGGUGUCGCAAUCCGUCGUAGCCAAAACAGAGACCGCUGACACCAGUUUAUGAUUUGCUCUAAUUUUGCGCCUAUAAUUACAGAGAAUAGCAAAUCAUUAAAGACGACUGUUUUGUGCCAAAAUAGUGGUUAACUAACCCCCGGGGGAAGGCGGGUGAUGAUGUCCUACAAGAAAACGAAAAGACUCGCAGUCCAACUCUCUCUGUAAGGUAAACGUGCAACAUUUCACACAGCUGACAGAGCAUCGGUAGACACUGUGAAAGAAGAGCUGGCGCAGAAGGCGACAAAAUAAAAUAACAACUGAUAAGGUAUUUUUAAAAAUUAGUUAAGUUGCCGCACAUGGGCUUUGUGAAAGUUAAGAUUUGAAAAAAAAAAAGUUUGUUUUUUUUCACGUGAACUGCUACGUCAGAAAAUUGUCUAUCAGAGUAACAUUUUCAUAUUUAACCUACAUCAUUAUCAAAUACAAUCCAGUUAAACCCAGGUCAGGCUGUACAUUUUAUUUAAUCCUAAUUGUGUCCGAUGAUAGACCAUUGUGGGUAAAUUAACCAAAAACAGCUCUUCAAAACCACCACGGACGAAUUUUAUUCACAGUAGGCCUACUUUAAAAUGCUGCCACAUUUAGUAGGCUACUUAAGUUAAACUAUGUGGCAAUUUUCAGUUAUUUUCUACAGAAAAGCAGGCUACAGCAUUUGCUUCCAUCAUCGCCAGAGAUCAGUUUUUAUAAUGACAAAACAACUGUUUAAUAAUCUGACAAGUAUUUAAAAUGACGCUUACCGGUCAUCAUCACAAAUACAAAAUAGGAUUAUCGUCCAGUUAUGUAUUAGCCUAUUUUAGACACGUUUACCGAAGGCACAUUUUUAAAAAGCAUCAUUUAUCUUACAAAACUGAUAGAAAUGAAGAUCCAGCAGAGUACGUGUACCGUACGUUCGUACUUAGAACAGACAAUACGACGUAAAUCAUGGAAAUACACUCUAAAUUGGCAUUUUACAUUGGAAUAUUCACAUAAAUAUUACAAAAAAAACGAAAUCGACAAACCGUCAAUAGAUUACACUUUAAGGCUCUAUUGUGCAGCUUUUCACAAAAAUUUAGGGCUACAUGAUGAGAGACAGUAUUACCACCGUUAGGGCGACUGGUCCGUUCACUAUGCCAUGGCAGUGUGAGGGAAGUUCGGAAAUGCCUACGUUUGUUUACAUGAUUUGCAGGAUGAAAUCACAAUAUGUAAACCACAAUUACAGGAGUUGUCACAAGAUUCACCAAACAAGUCUCACCCAGAUACAAUAAAUCACGUUUGGAGUGUCCGACAAAUUAAAGCACAAUGUUUUGCACAUUUCCUAGAAUGUACCGGCAUCGCACCAAUUAGAAUGUUAAUUGGCGUGGCGCCUCAAACUUUGUCUGAAUAUAGUGUUAAUUUAUUUAUUUAUUUAUUUUUUGCUGCUUGUAACGUUAGUGAAAUUCAUUGCCUAACUGCUUGUGACCCAAUGAUGUAAAAUUCUAUUUUGCAAAUGAAAAUUAAAUGUUUGAUGCUUCACGAAA